CAGGAAAGGUAGGCCUGUGGUGGGGACACCUUUUGGAUCCGAUUGUCUUGCCCGUUGGGACAGGCCCCAUUAUUGCGCUGAUUAAUUACCUGCCGGAGCAGUACUAGAGGAGUAAUUAAUUGUUAGUAAUCGUGCACCCCCGCGGCUUUUGUCGUUGCCUCCCACGACUGGCCACUCGGCCCCGUCCCGUCGUCCUCCAUGUAGCGUCGCCACCUCCGCUUUAUAAAAGGCGCGCGCGCUCGCGCCCCUCCUCUUGCCUCCACACACAUCGUUCCCCUCGCGUUCUUGGCAUUGUCUCGUCCCCUCCCGGCUCUCACCUUCGUCUUCAUCCUUGGAAAGCUUCUUCUUCCAGACAUGGCCGUGCAAGCGCAGUUCGCCUUCGGGUGCUUGCCCUACGGCGCGCUCCUGGCGGCCGUGGGCAACACUGGGUACGGGUGCCAGUACAACGGAGCUGGCGUGGUCAGCGGCGCGCAGAGCGAGCUGACCUGUAAUGGCGGUGGAGUGGUGGCGUCGCGGAAGCGCGGCAGGGAGGUGGAGCCCGAGCAGUACGUGUUGACCUCGUCGGCGGCGCUGCUGCCGAUCCCGGGGAUGCAAAAGGCGGUUGUUGAGCAGCAGGCGCUGGCGCCGGUGGACGCGGCAAGCCGGAUGGUGGAGUCGGCGAUGACGUCGACCAGCGGGCGGACCGCAGCGGCAUCGGCGUCGGUGGCGGACGCGCUGGUGUCGGAGCUGUGCCAGCAGGGGGCCGAGAUCGACGCGCUCGUAUGGGCCGAGUGCGAGCGGCUGCGCGCGAGGCUAGAGCAUGCGCGCAAGCGGCAGUGCCAGGCGCUGGUGCAGGCCGCCGCGGGUGCCGCGGCGCGCAGGCUGCGUGAGAAGGAGACGGAGUUGGACGCCGCGCGCCGGCGCGCCGCGGACCUCGAGGAGCGUCUCCGGCAGGCUGCCGCCGAGAGCGAGGCGUGGUGCGGCCUCGCGCGCAGCAACGAGGCCGUCGCCGCGGGGCUCCGCGCCACGCUCGAGUACCUCCUCCGCGGCGCCGGCAGUUGCCCCGCGCCCGCAGAGGGCUUCGGCGAGUCCGAUCCCACGUCCUCCCCGGCGGCCGCGGACGACGCGCAGUCCUGCUGCUUCGAGGCCAAGGACGCGCCGGGCACCAAGUGGGCCUGCAAGGCGUGCGGCGAAUGUGAGGCGGCGGUGCUGCUGCUGCCGUGCCGGCACCUGUGCCUGUGCAAGGCGUGCGAGCCCAGGCUAGACGCCUGCCCCAUCUGCCUCGCCGCCAAAAACGCGUCCAUCCACAUCGCCGCCAACUGAUCGGACCUCCUCGCCGCCACCGUCCAUGGCGUGUCUCGGCUCCGUCUAUCUCGCUAGCUAAAUCCAGCUGCUCAGUAAAAUUCGUAGGUUCCUAGAUUAGACCAAUUCAUCCCGUUCGUUCUGUUCUUUUUCUUCUGGGUGAUGCCUCUGUAAAAUUAAAGGCCGGGCCGGGUGGAAGAUUUCA